AUGGAAGAGGAUGCGAUUAAACACCCCCAAUGUAUUCCGUGGGACUUGUCAAGCGGCUAUAAUGCCCAAACGCUUAGCCACUUGUCAAAGAACUCGCACGAGAAAGCCCGGUUUGAUUUGGGUGUGGAGCUGCAUUGGCCUCAACAAUGCACCCUGGUUGCUACGGGUCCCUCCACCUGCGCUGUCUCAUGGGGGCUAUGGGGAGAUGCCCGUGGACUCGUGUGGGACCCGUUGUGGGCUGGACUCAGGAGACUCGGAGCUAUUAUUUUCUCCCUUUCUCAACUCUCCUCUGUUAUUGUUAUUGUUCUUGUUUUGUUGUUUCUAUGA